GCGCUACCAGCCACCGGAAGUGAGUUUGACUUGCAAUCCUCGUUCGUAUCAAUUAUUUGAAGAAACCCAGCUAGCUAUCUGAACAGAACUAGUUUAGCGAUCAGUACAAGAAAACACUAAACAAUUCACAUGAAUCCACUUUAAAUGAUCUAACAGUUAGUGGGCGAAUUGACUAUUAAGUCGACCAACUAGAUGUAAAUAAUGAUAUGUUCUAGGGUACACUGAUUUGGUUGCUAGCGCCAGGCAGUGCUAGCCAACACCCUCAUGAGGCAAUCCAACUCCGGAGGAUUAACUAGCUACCGACCGUAAGCAAGUCUAACUAGUUUGUGAUUUGCAUCUAGCAGCAAAGAACAAACCAACAGAAUGUCAGAUGAUGCUGUCCUGCUGAAUGUACCCGUCAUUCGGCAGCUGUACCACUGGGACUGUGGAUUAGCCUGCUCCAGAAUGGUUUUGAAGUACCUCCACCCUGUGAGUGAUGAGGAGUUUCAGGGUGCUUGCUGGGAGUUGAAGCUGACGCAGAGUGUUUGGACAAUUGACUUGGCCUACCUCAUGUGCCAGCUGAGGAUCCGGCACCGCUUCUGCACUCAGACACUGGGUGUUGACAAGGGCUUCAGGAAUCAGUCCUUCUACAAAAAGCAUUUUGACACUGAGGAAGACAGAGUCAACGAACUCUUCCUAAAGGCUGAAAGCAAGGGUGUGGUGGUGAAUAAAUGCUCUGUGACAAUUCAGGAAAUACAGGAACAUAUUUACCAGGGCCAUGUGGCCAUAGUGCUGGUCAACGCUGUGGUUCUGGUGUGUGAACUCUGCUCUUCGCCUGUCAAGUACUGCUGUUUCCUGCCUGUGGGCCAGAAGUGCUUCUGCAGGAAGCCAGAAUACCAGGGUCACUUUGUGGUGGUGUGCGGCUUCAACCGGAGCACUGGCUGCAUCUUCUACAACAACCCUGCCUACUCAGACCGCGUGUGUUGCACCAGCAUUAGUAACUUUGAAGAGGCUCGAAUGAGCUACGGAACAGAUGAGGAUAUUCUGUUCAUCUUCAAGGAGAGCUGAUGGCUUAGGGACAAUGAAGAUGCAGAUGGUCUCUACAUCGCUAUGGUGCCCCAUCCUCACUAUGAUGACACAUCAGUGGUCUACAGGUCCCUGAACUGGGACUGCUGGUUCCAGCUCUUGCCCAGUGUUGUAGAUGGUCCCGGGCUGUCCUCUCCAGUGCUAACUGACUGCUCACAGAACACACAUCACUCCAACGUCACCACAACUGCCUCACUUCACAUAGCCCAUGCUAGUCGUCAGUGUGUAAAGGAAUAAUCACUGAAGACAUAAAUAAAGUGUGGUUUAAGUUGGUUGGGGGUCAAGCAGAUAGAUGAAAUAGACUAAAGGAAUUUUUCCUGUGUCCCAUUUUGUUUAGUUUUACUUCAGUUAGUUGAUUCUACCAAUUGACGUGUGAAGGGUGAGCAGUGCAAGACUUGAAAUCCUAUUUCUAAUGCUGGGUGGAAAAAAUAACAUGACACUCAAGUUGAUUCUAGACUUGUAGAGGAGUACAAAACAAUGCACAUACAAGGGCUUAUAGCAACAUGUUGCUCUCUUUGGUUUUGCCUGGUGUCAUGCAAGUCUGAUGGGCCAUGUAUUGCUGCUUUCCUCCCCUUAGACUAGCCUUGUCUUAUUUUAUUAAUAGUUAUUUUGAUACUGUUUGUUGAACUUCAUGUAUUAUUUAGUAUUUUCUAAUAACAUGGAAUAGAGGGAGAAAUUGUUUUUGAAAGACUCAGGUAAUUAAUGUCCAUAGAGUCUGAUGUGUUGUAUUACAAUAGCAAACCCAUGUUACAAAUGUAUUUUCUUUAAUGCAAUACACCUUGACCCAUUUCCUGUUUAGAUCAUAAGAUAUUUUCUGUUGAAAAUAGCAAUCAAGUGGAGGCAACACACAGAAUGACUUCAUUAUUCUCUUUCAACAUUUAUUUUUAUAUUUUGUUAUCAUGGAUGAUGUUAUUGCACUUUGGUUUUUGUACCAGCCAUAAUUAUUUAAUUUUCAUUUUACCAUGAUAACCUAUUUUCCCAAUCUAGAUGGAAUGACAAUGAUUUAUUCCUGCUUGUGUAUUUUUGUUAUGAACAAAUGGAAUGUGUUAAAAUGGCUUUAUUUUUAUGAAAUAUACAAUUCCAUUUAUGUACUGUACUCAUUAAAAUAAUUUGAACACA